CUCUUGACUAAGCCAGAGCUUCCGGGUCUUCCUUCACCCUCGCUCACCCUCUCUCUUCCCACUCGAGCUUCACAUGAAAGCCAUGAGUGCUUCUCUCUUCAGAACCGGCUCUGGUCCGGUUCAGAAGCCGGUCUUUUCCGGUUUUUCCUACUCUUCUUUGUCCAGUCAUGCUUCGCUCCCCCGCGAUCACAUUCCCCGUCGUUCUUCCUCGAUUUCGCUGAAUCUCCAUUCCCCUGACCAGAGAGAUACUCCUCCGAGGAUGAUCGACAGAGCGUUAUCUGAAAGUGACGCGAUUCGAUCGGCUACUGAGAGUUUCGGUGUUUCCCGGAAGAUGAAGCAAUCUGGGUCACGUUCUUUUCCGGCCACUGUGUCGGGCGACGAAGUCCUAUACGAAAGCGAAUGGUGCGACAUCGGAGGUAAGUCGAACUAUGCCGGAGUUCGACCUGACAUUGGAAUCUUGACGGAGGAGUUUGGAUUCGGUGGUGGAGUCGGAAGCGGGCGUGACGACGGGAUCGCGACAGUCACCGGUGGAAACGAUGGUGAUAGGGUGAAAAUAGGUGCGUACUAUAAGGAAGUGCUCAAAUCAAACCCAACAGACGCACUUCUGCUAGGGAAUUACGGGAAAUUUCUUUAUGAGGUGGAGAAGGACGCUGUGAGAGCAGAGGAAUAUUACGGAAGAGCAAUCCUUGCGAAUCCUGGAGAUGGCGAGUUGCUUUCUCUGUACGGGAAGCUCAUAUGGGAAACACAGAGAGACGAAGGCAGAGCCGAAUCUUACUUCGAACACGCCGUUCAUGCCUCCCCUAACGACUGCUCCAUUUUGGGGUCCUAUGCGCACUUCCUGUGGGAAGCAGAGGAGGAAGAAGAAGAAGAUGGUGCAAACAGAAUGGCGACGGAGGGGACAGCUGCUCGUUAAUGACAUGAAUAUGAAACAAAAAAUUUGAGAUGAAGUGAAUGGCGGUUUGUGCAAUAUAUGUAAGUGGCAUUGAAUAUGAAAAUAACCCAAGAGAAGAAUAAUUGGCGAUGUAUGUAUCUAACUGGAAGCUCCAAGAACGGAUCCAGAGGGUGAGGGAGUGAUAAUGAAAGUUGAGUGUCGUUUUCUGUUCCUUGUUUCUUUACGGCGGGCACCCUGUAACUCUGUUUGCAGAUAAAAUGUCGGUUGAACAUUAUCCCUUAGAGCGGCUUUUGAGGGUAUAGAGAUGUAAAUUUUGUACCUUACAACUAAUUUUUGUUGCAUGUAUAAUGGAUAUGGUAAAUAAAUAUAAAUAACUAAGAAGUCUUAAGGGGCUUCCCGUUAUUAUUGAUGAA